AGUAUUGAAUUAUGGACACCCAACAGUCAAGAAUGGAAAACAACGGAGCAAAGCAUAUACUACAGAGAGUACAACAAGGCACUAGACAGCCUCAAAUCCCUUGUUGUACAGCACCUGUUUGAGCUGGAGAAACUCAAUCUCUGUGGAACUGGU